CUCACAUUCUAUAGCCCUACAAAGACCCAAACAUGCUAGCUUCGGCUCUACAAAGGCCCAAAAAUGAAACUCUGUCGUAUCACACAACCACACUCGAAAGUAGAAAGCCUUUUUUGAUCUUCUUCUUCUUCUUCUUCAAUCCCACUUUAGGGUUUCUAGGGUUUAUCAAUCUCGCUCCCCCACAUUUCAACAACCAUGGCGUCUCUAGGUAAGCUAAACCUCAAUCAACACCCAAUCCACCUCUCCCUCACGCAAUCCUCUCCGUCCUUCCUCAAAACUCCUUCGUCACUCUCCUUCAGAUCCUUCAAACGCGCCUCUUCCAUCAGAGCUUCUUCCUCAUCGAAACACCAAUCCAUUCAAUCACUACCUUCCCGUCUCCUCAAAUCCACAUGCAUCACCUUCACCGCAGCCUCCGCUCUCCUCCUCGCAAACCUCCACCUCAAAUCUCCACCAGCGAUCGCAUCCCCUCUAACACCACCCUCCGUUGAAUCAAUUAAACACCAAAACGACAACGUUUCGUUAGAAGAAGAGUCAUCAUCACUCGAAAACCAUUUAUCCUCCCACCCCGACGACGUAACCGCUCUACGCUCACUAAUGGAGGUAAAGAUCAAAUCCCGGAACCUUCUAGAAGCAAUAGAUCUCCUAAACCGUUUAAUAGCGUUAGAACCGGAUGAGAAAGAAUGGCCAAUCUUGAAAGCUAACAUCUUUAGCCACAACGGAGACUUGGAAUCAGCCAAGAAGGCCUUCGAAGAGAUCAUAUCCAAGGAGCCUCUCCGCGUGGAGGCUUACCACGGCCUCGCCAUGGCUUACUCCGAGUCAGGUGAUGAUUUGAACGUGAUUGAGGAGAGGAUUCAGGAGGCGAUGGUGAGGUGUAAGAAGGAGAGGAAGAAUGGGAAGGAUCUUAGGGAUUUUAAGCUGCUUGUUGCGCAGAUUAGGGUUCUUGAAGGGAAGCAUGAGGAGGCGUUGAAGGUUUAUCAGGAGCUGGUUAAGGAAGAGCCGAGGGAUUUCAGGCCGUAUCUUUGUCAGGGGAUUAUAUACACGCUGUUGAAGAAGGGAGGUGAGGCGGAGAAGCAGUUUGAGAAGUUUAGGAGGCUUGUUCCCAGGAAUCAUCCUUAUAGAGAGUAUUUUAUGGAUAAUAUGGUUGCUACUAAGCUCUUUGCGGAGAAGGCGCAAAGAGAGAUGGCUGGAACUAAGGGUUGAAUUGGGAUAAUGAUGAUGAUGCUUGGUAGUCUUGUAGUAAGUGUUUUGAACGUGGAUGUUGAUUGUGUGUUAAAGCAUGUGUUGAAUCUUGAAUCCAUGGGAGUUUAAAUCUUAUGCAGUGUGUUUUUGAAUGUGAUAAUGUUGCUGCUCUUUACUUUGUUGUGUCUGUUUGUUUGCUCAGGAGUCUAAAUGAUUUGGCACCUCUUUAAGAUGUUUAGGUCUAAGAAAGUGGUAGAAUCAUUAAUAUGUUAAUUUUGGACACAUGAAACUUUUAUGGUUUUCCUCCAAAAGGAAGUGUGAU